AUGCGCUCCUUUUUCCUCUGUGCAGCUGCAAUCUCUCUCUCCUCAGUGGACGGGCUCGAGAUUGCCCGACGCUUCACAGCAAGCUCGCCGUACGGGUCCCCUUGCUUCGCUCUAAGUCCCCGCCUGCCCUGGUCUUGUUCUCGUUCGCAUGUCUCAACUCUCAAGCUGAAAUCGCCGCUGCUGCCUCGCACAGUGAAGCGAGGUGUCUGCGCCCUCCGUUCUCAGAGGCAAACGGACCUCGACAACGCUCAGUCUGACAUCGAGCAGGCAGAGAAUGCUGAGAAGCAGGUCAUUGAUUCUAUCUCGACGAUUGAUCCACAGAAGUUGCUGCAAGACUCUGUCGAUUACAUUGAUCAACUUGGCCCGACUGGAUAUUUAUACUUCUCCCUUAUCUAUGUGGUAGCGGAAAUGCUUGCAAUCCCGGCGAUUCCCCUUACUGCUAGCGCGGGCUACUUAUUCGGGGUUGUCCCGGGGACAUGCGUAGUGCUGGUCAGUGCGACCAUCGCUGCAGGAGGAGCAUUUCUCAUCGGGAGAGUCUUUCUGAGGGAAUGGGUCGAGGGGCUCAUCUCCAAGAGUAGAAAGUUUGCAGCGAUCGACGAGGCCAUCUCGCGAAAGGGCUUCCAGCUGGUGCUGCUGCUCCGCCUUUCUCCUCUCCUUCCAUUCGCUCUGAGUAACUAUCUCUACGGCAUGACCAAAGGGGGGAUGCAAGAGGAGGACGAGGACGAGGACGAGGACGAGGACGAGGACGAGGAGGAAGUGGAGGAGGAAGUGGAGUGGUUGGUGAAUUUCGUCGAGUACUUGCUGGGGACGAUUAUCGGGUUUGCGCCAGGUGAGCAUGAUGCCAUUAUGUGA